AUGAUAAAGGUUUCUCCGCUUCAGAAGGGGAAUAGUGUAUUAGACUAUCUCUCAAAUGCAACUUGGCACUAUGACAACUCGAUAACACCUGACUAUGAGGUAAAUGGCUCUGUCGCCUUGCUGUUUCUAUCUCUUCGCUUUCACAGUUGCAAGCCUGAGUACAUUUAUAAAAGAAUCAACAAGCUUAAGCCUUACAAAGUGCGGGUGUUGCUUGUUCAUGUGGAUGUCCCUAACUAUAGUAAGAUGAUCCGAGAACUCUUCAGGACCGUCUCCCUGACAAUGGUGUUGGGAUUCAGCGUGGAGGAAUGCUCUAGAUACAUCCAAGGGUUUGAUGCGGCUGGGAGAAGAUCGAUUGAUAUAAUAAGAAGGGGAAGCCGUGACGAAGAAGGGUUUCUGUGUUCUUUUCCAAAAGUAAACAAAAGCGAUGUUCAGCAGAUACUUAAAGAUUGUGGAACGCUUCAAAAGUUCUUUGGAAAGUCUUCUGAAGAGAUGGAGAGAAUUCAGGGUCUAGGAAAAAGCAAGGCUGAGGAGAUCAUUAAAUACCUUAAUAUGCAAUUUGAGUGA